CUCUUAAGUCACGUGAUACCGACUAGAACCAAAAUGGCCGCUGUUGUAUUUUGACGUAUAAUAGCUAGCUACUUUUCUUUUUGUUUCAUUCUUGGUACAAAACUGGCAAACGAGAGACUUUUUGGAGGAACUGUGUCUUGUCACCCUCCGUAUUCUGGCGUCCUAGUUUUAAACUUAAAGACAAUCAAGAGUGACAGUAUUUGUUGACCGAGUGGGACUAUGCAUCAUAUUUAGUCCUGACAGGCUAGCUGGCUAGCUACUCUGGCUGGCACACAUUAAAGUGAUUGGAAGUGAAAUAGCUAGCUAACCUAGCUGCGAUGGAGGAGUUGAGCGCAGAUGAGAUUCGCAGAAGGCGACUGGCACGGCUGGCAGGGGGACAGACAUCACAGCCCAGCACCCCACUCAGCACACCCCUGACAUCCCCACAGAGAGAGACUCCCCCUGGACCCCUUCCUGGACAUUCAGGUGCCGCACCCCAGCCCCUGCCACCAGCUGCCUCUCAAUCAUUGGGGCUCAAUGUCCACAGUGGUACCCCUGCCACAUCCCCUAUGGGCACCUCAGGGGUGGCAUAUGGUAGUCAGAGCAGCGAGGGUGUGAGCUCCCUCUCCAGCUCCCCCUCCAACAGCCUUGAGACUCAGUCCCAGAGUCUGUCCCGAUCGCAGAGUAUGGACAUUGACACUGCCUCCUGUGAAAAGAGCAUGUCCCAGGUGGAUGUGGACUCAGGGAUAGAGAACAUGGAGGUGGAGGACAGCGAUCGCAGGGAGAAGAGGAACUUAACUGAAAAGGAAACCUCUGCAAACUCUGAUGUUUCAGAAGAACAGGCUCUGCAGCUCAUUUGUAAGAUCCUCCGCGUAUCGUGGAAGGAGCAGGAUAGAGAUGUCAUCUUUCUCCCUUCACUGGCUGCAGAAUUCCAGCAGAACCCUAAUGAUGUAUACUCUGACUUCAAGGACCUGAUCGGCCAGAUCCUGAUGGAAGUCUUAAUGAUGUCCACCCAGUCACGUGUCCACAACCCCUUCGCCAGCUUGACAGCCACCUCUCAGCCAAUUGCAGCAGCCAAAUCCCCCGACCACCGUCUGACGCUGGUGCAGCCCUCCAGCCAAGGUGGCAGCCCUAUGGGCCCCAGUGCAGGGUCCUUUGGAGCCAGCUCUCUGUCCAGUCUGUAUGGAUGUGGUAGUCCUCACUCGAUGGCUUUGGAUGCAGCCAAGAGGACCUCCCCAUCUCUCCCCACCCCUACCACACCCUCUGUACCUUCCACACCCUCUACCCCUCAGUUCGCUGUGCCCCCGAGCCCACCUGCUAGUGCUCCUCCGAGACAGGGUCUCAACCCUCCAUCUGCCCCCAUGCCUAUCUCCCAGCGCUAUCGGCCUUACUCUGUCAACUCUCCCUGGGGGGCUCCUUCCCCAUCUAGCCCAGGUCAAAGAGGAUUUAGUUUCUUCGGGCCCUCUCCUAGCCCUGCAGGGAUCUUUGUUCCUCCUAACACUCCAGUUCCUGUGCCACCACCAUCACCCAGCCCCCAGUCCUUCUCCUUGAGCUCGCCUAGGGCUCGCAAUCAACCCUCCUCCGUACCGCCUCCCAUGGUUCCCCCUUCUCCCAGAACGAAUGCUCGACAGGCUGCCUUUGCUUCCAGGAUCCCACCGUCUAGUCUUGGUGCAUGUGGAGGGGGGAUGUCCUGCGAUUCAGCCAGUGACCGCUUUACCAUUGAAGCAUGCAAAGAGACAGAGAUGCUGAACUACCUCAUUGAGCGUUUUGACAGUGUUGGCAUGGAGGAAAGGAAAGCUCCCAAGAUGUGUAGCCAACCAAAUGUCAGCCAGCUUCUCAGCAACAUUCGCUCUCAGUGUAUUUCCCACGUUGCCCUGGUCCUGCAAGGCACCCUGACCCAGCCGCGGAGCCCUCUCCAACAGUCCUUGCUGGUACCUUAUCUGCUGUGUCGAAACCUUCCGUAUGGCUUUAUUCAGGAGCUGAUGCGCAUUACACACCAGGAAGAAGAGGUGUUCAAACAGAUCUUCAUUCCCAUCCUCCAUGGGCUGGCUUUUGCAGUGAGAGAAUGUUCCUUUGACAGUGACAACUUUAAAUUCCCCCUUAUGGCAUUAGCUGAGAUUUGUGAAAUCAAGUUCGGAAAGACUCACCCAGUGUGUAAUUUGGCAACGUUGUUGCCUCUGUGGUGUCCCAAACCUCUGAGCCCUCGUUGUGGCAGAGAGAUCCAGAGACUGUCCUACUUGGGAGCCUUCUUCAGCCUCUCUGUGUUUGCUGAGGAUGAUACAAAAGUAGGAGACAAGUAUUUCUCUGGCCCAGCCAUCACCAUGGAGAACACACGAGUCGUCAGCCAGUCAUUGCAGCACUACCUGGAGUCAGCAAGGGGUGACCUGUUCAAAGUUCUCCAUAAUAUCCUACUAAAUGGAGAAACGCGCGAGUCAGCUCUUAACUAUAUGGCAGCUCUAGUCAACUACAAUGUGAAGAAAGCUCAGAUGCAGACUGACGACAAGCUGGUGUCAACAGACGGCUUCAUGCUCAACUUUUUAUGGGUGCUGCAACAGCUGAGCAUGAAGAUCAAGCUGGAGACGGUGGAUCCUUACUACAUUUUCCACCCAUGGUGUCGCCUUGACGUCAGCCAUGAGGAGACGCGUCUGAAAGCCACCAUGGAGGAGCUCAAGAGCUGGCUGAGUGAACUGCAUGAAGACCCUACAAAGUUCUCAGAACCCAAGUUCCCCACCGAGUGCUUCUUCUUGACGCUGCACACCCACCAUUUGUCCAUCCUGCCUGGCUGCAGGCGUUACAUCCGCAGAUUGCGAGCCAUCCGCGAACUGAACAGGACUGUAGAGGAGCUGAAGAACAGUGAAAGCCAAUGGAAAGAUUCUCCCCUGGCGAGUCGACACAGAGAGAUGCUCAAGCGAUGCAAAACCCAGCUCAAGAAACUGGUGCGAGCCAAAGCUUGUGCUGAUGUGGGCCUUCUGGAUGAGAACCUGCUCCGCAGAUGUCUGCAGUUCUACAGCACAGUCAUCCAGCUCAUUCUUCGCAUGGUGGACCCUGCCUACCCCAACAUUAACCUGCCACUGAACCCUGAGAUUCCCAAAAGCUUUGCUGCUCUGCCUGAGUUCUACAUUGAGGAUGUGGCCGAGUUUCUGCUUUUUGUCGUGCAGUAUUCUCCCCAGGUUUUAUACGAGCCGUGUGUCCAGGACAUUGUCACCUUCUUGGUGGUGUUCAUCUGCAGCCAGAAUUACAUCAGGAACCCCUACCUUAUCGCCAAGUUGGUGGAGGUGCUGUUCGUCACCAACCCUGCUGUACAGCCUCGUACUCAGCGAUUCUCAGAAAUGAUGGAGAACCACCCGUUAUCUGUCAAACAGCUGGUCCCCGCCCUCAUGAAGUUCUACACCGAUGUUGAGCAUACCGGCGCCACCAGCGAGUUCUAUGAUAAGUUCACUAUACGGUACCAUAUCAGCACUAUCUUCAAGAGUCUCUGGCAGAACCUUGCCCACCAUGGCACCUUCAUGGAAGAGUUUAACUCUGGCAAGCAGUUUGUGCGCUAUAUCAACAUGCUGAUUAAUGACACCACCUUCUUGUUAGACGAGAGCCUUGAGUCCCUGAAGCGUAUCCACGAAGUACAAGAAGAGAUGAAGAAUAAGGAGCAGUGGGAGCAGCUGCCGAGGGAGCAGCAGCAGAGCCGCCAGUCGCAGCUGACUCAGGAUGAGCGGGUGUCUCGCUCCUAUCUGGCCUUGGCCACAGAGACAGUUGAAAUGUUCCACAUCCUCACCAAGCAGGUCCAGAAGCCUUUCCUCAGGCCUGAGCUGGGACCUCGUUUGGCUGCCAUGCUAAACUUUAACCUCCAGCAGCUCUGUGGGCCUAAGUGUCGGGACUUGAAAGUGGAGAAUCCCGAGAAGUACGGCUUUGAGCCCAAAAAGCUCUUAGACCAGCUGACUGACAUCUACCUGCAGCUAGAUUGUGCCCGCUUUGCAAAAGCGAUUGCAGAUGACCAGCGGUCGUACAGCCGUGAACUCUUUGAAGAGGUUAUCUCAAAGAUGAGGAAGGCUGGUAUUAAGUCCUCUAUUGCCAUUGAAAAAUUCAAGCUGCUAUCGGAGAAGGUGGAGGAAAUAGUCGCCAAGAACUCUCAAUCUGAAAUGGACUACAGCGACGCACCUGAUGAGUUCAAAGACCCUCUGAUGGACACGCUGAUGACUGACCCUGUCAUACUGCCUUCGGGGAACAUCAUGGACCGUUCCAUCAUCCUGCGCCACCUGCUUAACUCCCCCACUGAUCCCUUCAACAGGCAGCCACUCACAGAGAGCAUGCUGGAGUCAGUUCCUGAGCUGAAGGAGAGGAUCCAUACCUGGAUGAGAGAGAAACAAGGCGGACGGCCUGUCUGAGGACAACACCACCAGUGUCUGGCCUGCUAACCAUCAUUAGGAGAGCUGUCCAAAUCGACUGAAUUCAGUGUCACUACUUCCAACAACAACAAAAAAACAUUUGAAUGAAAAAAAAAAAAGACCUGAUUUGAUUUUUAUUCGCAUUUACCCUUUUUGUCUCAAACCAUUAUCAUGGUUCUAAAAGCAAAAUGUAAUAAAGUUAAGACUUUUAAGUUUUUUCUCAUGAGUUGUUUAUAUAUAUAUCAAAAUAUAUACAUAUAUUUAACAAGAGUUAGUUGAUGCAUUAUAGUGCUGCAAGAAUAAGUUUCCACCACCCACAGGUUUACCAGCGAGGUGCAUAGAGUCACUUCAUCGAUCAUUUUCCUUUUACGGUUCUCUUUUUUUUUUUUUUUUUUUUUUUUGUAAUAGUCUGUAUGUUGGCUUCAUUAAGGACUUAUAAUUUUAAGGGAAAGGGGAGGGCAACACAUUUGGGGGAGUUUGAUUGGGCUCUGAUAAAAAUGCUAGCCCCGAGUUUUCAGUAUCAAGACUGUGACAAUGAUGAACUUGAGUCCAUGUGAUGUAUGCUGAUGCCCCAGAGCUAACAGAGGCACAGUUUGUGCUUGUAGACCGAGUUCAGAACUGGGAAUAUCCAUUAAGGAUGUAGCUUAACGUAAACUAAUCCUAAGUGUCAGCUUCCUUUUGAGUACAGUAGGAAGAUAAGCAGUGGUUUACCAAAAUACAGUAUGUUCAGUUGUUCCCUUCUAGUCACAUUUUCCCUGCUGACUUUGAUAGACUGAAUUUACUUCUUGUGUGUGCAUGGCCUCAAGUCCAGAACCUCCUAAGCGCCUCAUGGACAAAUAACCCUGUUUUUAGGCGAAAUGGAAGGAACAUGAGAGAAUGUAGCAUGACCACCAGAAACACCAUCGUAGGAGCACACCAUUAAAAGUUUGCUCUUCAGAAACCACUGACAUCUCACGUCAAGAUGGUCUCUUUCAAAUGGCACUGUACCUAACAUGACCUUGCUGACCUUAACUGUACAGGAAAUGAUUUCCUUUAACCACAUACCUGUUUUGGAAGCUAGGAUUUUGAACUGAAAUAAAUGAUGAUGCACAUUA